GUUUUAAAAAGAGCUAAACAAAUCGCAAACAUAUCAUAUCACGAAUUAGGUUUCAUUCAACCCCCCCCUCCUCAAACGCCUACAUUGGUACGGUUUAAAGCGGACGGACGCUUGGAAAAGGGCAACAGUAUUGGAAAUGAGAAACUGGCGUCCAUUUUGGCUCUAUCAGGUCCGCCUACCGAUGCAAAUCUAGAGGGAGUGAGAUCCAAAAUGGCGCAAUAAGGGCUACAGUUUCAGAAAGGCGGGACUGUAGGGUGGGACGUGUGUUUGCUUGGCUGGGAGUAAUGAAUGAAGACGUGGUUGCUCCACUUACAGGCAAGACGAGGGAUUAGCAAUAAUAAGAAUGAUGCAGAGCUCCAGAAAUGCAUCGCAAAUCUGUGCAAAAGUGGCGAGUUUCUUCCACAAGGAUUAAAAGAUCGAAAUCUAAAUGGAUGUAAGCGAUCAUGGUAAGGAGUUUAUUGUGGACUGAUGGCGACCGAAUGCACCGAAGAAGCGGUUUUAUGCUUUCUAACGGAGAAAGGAGGGAGAGCGAAGCACGCGGAUUUCAUAGAACACUUCCGAUCUUUUAUUCCCGCUACAGACGCGUUCAGGAGGUGCGUGGACCGGGUCGCGGUGGUGAGCGUGGAAAACGGAGAGCAGUACGUCUGUGUGAAAAACCGUGAGGAUGGUCAUCCUGGACCGGACCGCGCCUCCGUCCUGGGAAGCAUCCUCAGCUCUCGGGUUGCCCGUGACACCGGGAGGGGGGAGAGCCACGCGCCCGUCCAACCGGACCUGUCACGGAGGCACGCGCUCAACAUCAGCGAUGAGGUUAAACGAGAAAUACCGCACGGCUCGGUAUGCGCCGACGCAGGUGCGCACACGCCUCCAAAUAUUUCGCACGCCUGGAUUUCGACUGGAUCGUCGGUUUCAAGCGCUUGCGAUUUGGUCGCGCACAAAUCCGAGGACAAAUCGGAAAUGGGGAACCAGUUCGCCAGGAACGUCCUGAGCGGGUUGCCUCAAGGUUCAGGUGUAACUCAAACCACUGGGAAAAGCGCACCGGCGGUGAUUGAGUCGACGACUGACGGAGGUGAGUUCCUCCGUCACGCAAGUUCACCGGUGCACACCGACGCCCAGGUGAGCGACAGGUAUCCGUCCGGGAGAACUGAUCAAAGUCGCCCCGAGGAAUCGGUAACGAAAGCACGCGAGGAGGAUGCGGGAGGAGCGGAGAGCGUUGUAGGCACCUGCGGCGGCUUGGAGGAGGAGAGACCCUCGGGCACGGCAAGCAACACCCCCAGAGGGAGUCGGAGGAAUCUCGCAAGGCGCACGACGAGCAACUCGCCGCAGGUCCGACGCAGCGUGCACGCGCUCAGGCAGAGCCGGCACGCGGCCAAGGGCGACGGCGACGCGCGCGCCGAGGACGAGGUCGCGGCGGCGACGCUGGACCCCACGGAGCACGAGUGGAUGCUGCGCGCCUGCGACGGCGAGUGGGACAGCUUGCAUCGCCUUCUAAAAAGUGAGCCCAGCCUCGUCCGUAAGAAGGACUUCGUGACCGGCUUCACGUGCAUGCACUGGGCCGCCAAGCAGGGCAGGCACGAGCUGCUCGCCCAGAUCGUGAACUUCGCGCGGCAGAGCGGCGUGGAGCUGGACGUGAACGCGCGCUCGGGCGCAGGCUACACGCCCCUCCACAUGGCCGCCAUGCACAACCACGUCGAGGUCAUCAAGCUGCUGGUGGGCGCGUGCGACGCCGACGUCGAGGCUCGCGACUACAGCGGCAAGAAGCCGAGCCAGUACCUGCGCGCCGACGUCGCGCGGGACGUCCUCGACAUCGCGGGCGCCGACUCGGCGCGCGACCCCGCCGACGAGGGGGGCGCGCCCGGCGACGAGGUCGCGCGUUGGAAGCUGACGCGCGUCCUCCAGUCCAACCUGAGGCUGCUGAACCGCAGCGCGAGCGAGGACGACGACCGCGACUGCGUCGGGGCGCUCGCGCGGGACAGGCCACUCCACCGAAAGUCGUCGUUUAACAGGCUGAAGCCCCGGAUGAGCAAGGGGCGCGCGGGGAUCACACCGAUCGUCCACAGCACGUCGCACUUUGAUCGUCUCGAGGGAGCCACGGGACAGACUUCCGGUCCGGUUAGAACCAGGCCCAAGUCCAACCUGUUUGGAUAAUUCGGAUCUCAGACUUCUCAGAUUUGCUGCUUCCCUCACACACACACACACACACACACACACACACACACACACACACAGUGGUACGGAUACCAUAGGUCCAAUAUAUGGGUCAAGUCAAAGCUAAAACAAUCCACACAUUUAUAACUUAUUUGAUUAUCAUAAUAUUUUAAAUAAUUUUGGAAAUGUCCAUCAUACAUUAUUACCUCAAACACCUUUACUGAAAUAUUCAAACAAAUCUAAACUGGCCCCUGUCCGAGUCUAGUCCUAGACUAAAUAUUGGGUCUUUACUAACAAAAAAAAACCCUUUAAAUCUUCAUUAUGUUUAUUAUUAAAUCUAAUAUUAUCUAGGUCUGUAUAGAACAAUUAUUUACUUCACUUAUAUUUAUUAGAUUCAAAGCACCUCAUGGACCUGCCUGGUUGAAAGAGAGAAACUGUUCAAUCUUCUUCUCCAGAUGCUGUCGCAGUCAAAAUCCGUCUCCAAAAAGUGCAUUAUUUAACAUUAAUAACAAUGUUAUUAAUUUUUUUUUAUACGCAUCAGCAAUUACAUACAAACAAUUGAAAAAAAAAAAUUGUGGAACGUCAACAAAACAAUGGUUUCACUUAUCACUUAUGUUAUAGCAGCUGCAAUUUUUUUCCUUCCAUCAAUCGCUUUUACAAGGUUCCUGACUCUGGUGGACUUCCAUCCAAUAACAAACAUCAAAAGUCUUAUAACAGAAAACAGUCCAUGUGGAGCAGUAGAAGCUGCUGUAGAAGCUGCUGUAGAAGCUGCUGUAGAAGCUGCUCUGAAUUAGCUGUUUCUAUUGAAUUCGUAUUAGAACAUUUACAUUUUAGACUCUCUCAUCCACAGCAACUUCUAAUUCUUAUUUAUACAACCGAGUGAUUGACGGUUAAGGGCCUUGCCCAUGCUGGGAUCUGAACUCACAACCUUCUGAUUAGAAGUCCAUCGAAUUACAUCAUAACUAAUCAGAUUUGAGGAUUGAUAUGAUUUCAGCUAUUACAGUUUAAUGCUCUUAGGAAAGAAACGAUUCCCUUCAAAAGCAUAACAAUGUAAUAUAGUCAUUUAAGGAACUGACUCAGACGGUUUUACUUCCAAAAAAAACAACCCAUAACCACCAGGUUGGUCUAUAAGUGUUGCUUUGUAUGAAUGACACUAUAUUUUUACUACUACGGUAUAAUUUCCUGUCGUUUUCAGAUCAAGCGCUUUACGUUUACAGUGAAUGUGAUUUUUGUUGCACUUUUUAUUAACCCUUUAUUUAAUAUUAUUAUAGUUAAGUAGUUCAGAGAGCCAGACAUUUUAAUUCCCCCCCGAGUUGAAGUUGUGGAAAGACUUGCUGAGGGUUUGAGCAUGUCUGAAAAUGUUAGCGUCAUUGUGGUUUCACAUGAGCAAGCUCGAGCUCGUUCGCUCUUCACACACUGCUGAACGAGCGAUUCGUCAGUUCGCUGUUUUGACCACGACGAGUUUAGAGUUGGGAAAAACACGGCUUUCGUUUUAGCUCCGUCAUGUGCAUGUGUUUUUGGUGAAUUUUAGCGUUUCUUUGUGUCGAGAAUGGAAUAUUUUUGUUUUCUGUUUAGUGGAAACGGACGUGAAGAAAGCAGAAGGGUGAUUGUUACAGGGGGAAAACAGAAACACCGAUACACAAAUAGCACAAAUUCACUAAUAAUUUAUGAAUUUCAUUAAAGAAUAUCGUGCACAAAAGUAUUUGGACACCUGACUUUUCCAGCCAUAUGUGUUUUUCCCCAAUCUGUUACCAUAAAGUUCUAGAAGGUUCCCUGGUGGUCUAGUGGUUAGGUUGCUUUGGGAUAAAAGUGAAUGCUAACUGCAUUCCAGACCUCCUCACCCUCAUCCACAUUAGUACCUGCCUUUACUAAUACUCUUGUGGCUGAAUGAAUCUCAAACAAGUCUUCACCAGCAUAUUCCAAAAUCUAGUGGAACAUCUCACCUUCCCAGAAGAGUGGGAGGAUUUUAUAACAGCAAAUGUGAAAUGGGAUUUUCAAAAAGCACAUACCAAAUUUAUAGUCAGGUGUCCACAAACAUUUGUCCAUACAGUUUAUGUAUCACAACAUCCAGGGUUUCUUCCACUUUUGUGACGUUUCUGUGAAAUAAGCUAAACACAUUAAUGAUUUGAUAGAAAAGUGUAUUGUGAGCUAAUUAUUUACUUUAUCACUCUUCAUAUCGGAUCAGAAUACCGCUAGGGAAUCCUACGCAGAAUACAAACUUUAUUAUAUUUUAUGUUUCAGUAUUUUAUAUUAAAGUUAAAUGCAAUUCCAAAGAACAGCUCGGGAAAGACUUUUCCAACUUUUCCACCGCCUCUGAUUUGAAAGUAGUUUUAAAAAUUAGGGCUUCGCAAGAGUUCGCGUAACAGAACCAUACGAUUGUUUGUCCACCGCUCAGACUCUGAAUGGCUGUAAGUUUUGUCUAGUUUUUUUUCUCAGUUCCAAGAAAUAUGCACUGCAGAUGUAAUCAUUAGAGAUCAGGUUAAAAAAAAACUGGGAGUAUUUCUUUUGGUUGGCUUAAGACCUUCUCUUUCUCUUCGCUCGGGUUUGUUGUGUGCUGCUGAAGGUUACGGUACAGAAUCUGGUGUUCUUAUCAGAAACAGGACUGUGUACAGAUUAGACAUAAAGUCAAUUUAGAACGCGACCUUAUUUAUUUUAGAUAUAACUGUGUGUGUGUGUGUGUGUGUGUGUGUGUGUUUUAUUUGACACAAGCGCCUUUCACUUACUUAAACAAGAGUCUAAAAGUUUUCUUUCGCUUGCCGAGGUUAAGCUUAGUCUUGUAUUUAAUGUAUGAUGUCAUCAUUUAACUGCAUUAAUAGGUCAAUGCAAAGUCCUCAGAUGGAUAGUAAAAUUGAAAUGUGUGUGAGUGUGUUUGUUAAUUGAUGUCCUUGGUCAGUUGACAAAGUGUGUGUGUGUGUGUGUGUGUGUGUGUGUGAGAAAAGCGAGAAACACAUGAUCUGUUGCUCGAGCUUAUUACCUCACAUGAUCUAAAUGGAGGCAAAGCCCCCCCAUUAUAUGUUUAAAGCAUUGCAUCAUGGGUGAUAAAAGACUUAAACAUGCUUACUUUUUCCCACAUCCUGCUUUUUUUUUUGGAUUCAUGUCAGCCGGGACUUUGCAAUGGCCUGGCAGAAAACGAAGUUACGCAACAGUACAAAUGUUCAGGCCAGUUCUUUUUUUCCCCAGAAAUUCCAAGAAGUUCUGACACCGGUGAAUCGGAAAUUACUUCACACUGCCAAGAACCGGGGUCCCACGUCGUUUCUGCCUAAAUGUGCAAAAAAAAAGUUCAGUCAUAUCGAAAUGUGUUUUCGAAGUUUAGAUGAAUGUUUAUGACCUUCCUUUUUAGAUUUCUGGACUGAAUAAUUAUACUAUAAAACUCUAGAAAUCUCUUGUACAUCUUAGAUGUUGUCUUUUGUGAACAUUUUUAACCUAAUCAGAUCUCAUACUAAACAUUUGUAGGAUUUCUGACACAGAAAAAAACUGUUAAAUCCAAACCGCAUUGUAAUGAAUUUUUGUAAAUAUUUGACGAUUUUAUACAGUUUAUAGCUUUGCUUUUUUUUAUGUCCCAUGUUUUAUGUUUCACUGUUUUUACCUUAGUACUUCAGCACUUUUAAUUUUAAGGUAAUAUGAGCACUUUUAUACAUAUUCUUGUUCUGGACAUGUUCUUAUUCUGUGCUAUUGUUCCUCAUUCACAAUUAAUGACAAAAACGAAACUGGGUGCCAACUGGAAUGUUUGUUUCUCAUCAUUAAACCAAUACUCCAUCCAAAGUUCA